GCAUAGAAAUUGUUGACGCCCUCUACGUUUACAUGCGCUAUGCCGCACCAACCGGGUUUGACGUCACAUAGCUUAGUUACAGAAAGCGUUUCUACUGAUUUCAUCACUGAAUUGGUUUCUUAUACCUCUAACAAUGCCCGGGUUACUAGAUUUAUUACGGAAGAUGAAGCGGAAAGACAAGAGGGAACUGCGUGUUCUUCUACUGGGUCUGGACAAUGCUGGAAAGACGACGAUUCUGAAGAAAUUGGCGCAUGAAGAGGCUCAAAACAUCUCACCCACAGAAGGAUUCAACAUCAAAAGUGUAGCAUCGGGAGGUGUGAAUUUAAAUGUUUGGGAUAUUGGAGGACAACGGAAACUUAGGCCGUACUGGAAAAAUUAUUUCCAAAACACAGAUGUUUUAAUCUAUGUGGUAGAUAGCGCUGACCAUGGAAGAUUUGAAGAGACGAGUUUCCAACUUUCUGAUUUAUUGGAAGAAGACGGGUUACAAGGGGUACCUCUAUUAGUAUACGCCAAUAAACAGGAUCUUCUAGGUGCCGCAUCUCCGGCAGAGAUCUCGGAUUCGAAAAACCUUGAUCUUCAAAGAAUACGUCAAAGGGCAUGGCAAAUACAAAGUUGUUCGGCUGUUACGGGAGAGGGUUUAAGCAAAGGUAUGGAGUGGGUUAUGAAGAACAUGAAGAAGUAAGAGAGCUAACAAUCAUCCUAAGCUACAGGCUAUAAGUAGAGAGUGUGAAGGAGGUCGUAAAUCGUCAGUAAACUGACCAUUGCAGGAUUGGAUUCAUUCACACUUGUUGAUAUAUCACACUAUAUUUACAUUAUCCAAACAGGGGUUGUGAUUUUCAUGUUGGUUGAUAUAUAUAUAGGGCUUGCAUACAUUCUCCCUGAAAACAGGUUUUGCAUCCAUACUAGAUGAUUUAUCAGUUCAGAAGUUUGUAUGCAUUCACACUUGUUAGAUAUUUCAGUGCAGGAGUUUCCAUGCAUUCAUUCACACUGGAUGGUGUAUCACUAAAAGGGAAGUGCAUGCAUUCACACUUCCAUAAAAGGGGUUCAUGCACAUUCACAAUAUCCAUAUUGGGCUUAGCAUGCAUUCAGUCUGGUUGGUAUUUCAGUGAAAUCGAUAUGCAUGCAUUCACAUCACUCUUGAGGGGGUUUGCUCACAUUCACAAUAUGAAUACAUGUAAGGGUUUGCAUGCAUUGACAAUAUAAAGGGUUCGCACACAUUCAGCCAUUAAUACUCGAGCUUGCAUGCAUACAAACUUGUGGACGACCCAGUAAAACAGGUACACGAAGACACUCAUUCGCACCAGUUGAUGUAUCAGUAUACAAGUUUGGAUGCAUUCACACCAGUGGAUUCAUCGCAAAAUGUAUUUGCAAGUUUACAUACAUUCACAGUCACACAGUGAUUGAUAUACUUAAAGAGACUUUUGCACUCUCGUGGAUCGCAUCACUGAUGAUAACAGAUUAUUGCUCAGGAUUAUCAUGUGUUUUCGGCAUUGAAUUGUAGAAUUUAAAAGGAGGUGUUGUAACUAUUUCUGUGACUCUGCACACAUCUCUGAAAAAAGAUAUCCCUCAUCCUGUGUGAUAUUUUGGAGAUUUACUUCAGUAAUGGCAGGGAGGUGUAUAUUUUUAAAAAGUGUGUAAGUCACCCAAGAUGGUAAUACAUGUGAUCAGCUACCCCCAAAACAAAAUAAUUUUAAAGAUUUUUAUUGAGCUUGAAAAAGGACUUCCUAAGCUUUUAAAAUGAUAUAUAGCUUAAAAAAUUGAUCAACAAUAACCUACUCCAGUACUUGUUUGAAUGCUGAAGAUACUAAAAGAGAGCUUACAAAAUAAGGAGAAAACGUUUGAAGUUCAGGGGCACGUUGUGCAAUCUCAAUUAAACUUCCAAGAAGUCCGCUUAAACUUGCAUCAAAGAAACUCUCCUAUCAUGUUUUGUAUUCAACCCUACAACUUAAAAUCUUGACAGUACGAAGAAGUUCUUUUAGAUUAGCUAUUUUUUUCCUUUUUUUUUUUUUGCCUUUUGAAGACCAACUUACUAUUUUUUGCUUUUUUCAAGAGAACCUCCCUGACAUCUUUUUUUUUUUUGGGGGGGGGGGGUGGGGCUGGUCGCAUAUUUAGGGAACAGAUCAAGCUUCAUUUGUUUUAUUUAAUCCUAGACAUCUCAGAAAAUGUGUAAGCCCUCUCCCUCAUAAGGCACCAUGUACUUCAACCGGGCCUUCAAUGCAAACACUGCUGGGAUGAUUUUGUAUGUGAUCUGCAAAGUAUAAUCUGACCAAGUGUCUUUGGUGUGUAAAACCAGUUUAAUGUACAAAAUAUAGACUCUUUAAACUUUGUAAACCAAAGCAUGUUUGUAAAUGAGUUGAUAAACAUGAUAUUUACCAUUAUGUCCUAAACUCAUCCAAUGUACUUAAAGUCCAUUGAAAUAGAUAAUCGGUAUUUGACUGCUCAUUUUUACACUAUUUAUUAGGUGUACCUCAUUAUCUGGGGUAGGUUGUAUGUAUGUAUUCAGUAGCGCUAUAUAUGCCAAGUUCAUAAUUGUACUUGCAAACCUUACCCCCCCCCCCUUCUCUAUUUCUCUCUCUCUCUCUUUCUGGGGGCUUAGCCCUAACAUUGCAAAUUGCUGUGAUAUUGAUUAUUGUGUAAUUUAGAUCAAAAGUGAUUGUUAUGAAUUUCAUUCGUUAAAAAGAAAUACGCUGUAACCCACUGAAAUCGUGAGUGGAAUUACAAAUGAAGUUGUUCUUGUAUCGAUUUUUACAUUCAAGGCACAAAAGAUCGCAUCGUAUUUAAUCCAUUUCCGAGCAAUAUUCACGUUGCUACUGAAAGGGGAGAUGAAAUUCAAUCCUAUGUUCAUUUCUAAAUUCUCUUUGUACUUUUUCCAGUAUUCAUGUGCAUUGAUCGCAACUGUAAUCACCUUGAGUUCAAUUCCUGCCUCUUGAGUAUAGUUAAAGGGAUGGUGCGGGCUGAAAAUACUUAUAUCUUAAUUCAUAGAGUAGAAUUCACUGAGCAAAAUGCCGAAAAUUUCAUCAAAAUCGGAUAACAAAUAAUAAAGUUAUUGAAGUUUUAAGUUUAGCAAUAUUCUGUGAAAACAGUUGUCAUGAAUAUUCAUUAGGUGGGCUGAUGAUGUCACAUCUCCACUUUCGGUUUUCUUAUGUUAUUACAUAAAAUCAUAAUUUUUUCAUUAUUUCAUACUUGUGUGAAUUAUAUGUCUCCCUUAUAAUGAAAUAAGUUGCAGCAAUAAAUAUAUAAUACACU